GCCAUUGCCUCAAGACGGUCAUAACAGGCCCUCCUUAAGUACACUGCUAUUUCUCAUUGCUUCCUCACAAAUCUACUGCAAGUCAAGUACGGUUUCCCUAAUUAGUGCGGUAUUUACUGAUGGAUUUCCUGCCUACUGGUAGUGUGGAGGUUAGCCUGAUCAGGGAGGAUGGAGAGCUUGACAUUUCUAAUUCUAGUGUUUUGUAAUCUAAAAGUGAAUGCACAAUAUGAGGUCUUUAAUGAUCCCAUUUCUUGGAUAGCAGCGAAAGCUAGAUGUGAAGAUAAUAUCGGGAAUCUUGCAAUAUUUCGAGCCUCUGCAAGAACGUUAAAUACAACACAAAUGGACGCAAGUAUCCGACCCAAUACUAUGUAUUGGGUGGGUGGUCGACUUCAUGACCAUGGAUGGAACUUUUACGACACCAGGUGUUUAGUAAAUUCCACAGAUAAGGGGAGUCCAUCAAAAGAGAUGAUAGUGUAUAAGGGAUGCUUUCGUUCUUCCCUGAUAAGAGGAGGGUUUCCACUAAAAAAUAUACACGCCAGGGAGUGCUUCGAACAAUGUGAAUGGAAGGGGAGUAUCGGUUUAUAUAGUACGAUGUGUCUAUGUGAGCACCAUUUACACCAGCUGACCCGGCUGCCGGACGAUGACUGCACUAUUAAGUGUGCUCACUGUGAGAGUGAAACGUGUGGCGGGAUUAAGGGCGUGUCUGUAUACAGCUAUAAAAGAAGCCGCCAGAUACACAGCAUAGCUAACACCACCAGUAAAGAGCUGUGUGUGUUCGUCCAGACAGAACCGUCCGGGACUAGAACGCUGCACCCAGCGGACUGUUUCACCCACCUCAAGUACAUAUGUCGAUUUGACAAUAGUUCAUUUUGUGGAGAAACUACUCACUGUUUUCGCUCGUCAUUCACUUCCUACACGUGGUCCACAGCCCAUCAAACAUGUAGAUCUCUGAACGGAACUUUAGCUUCCAUUGAUAUUGACGGGGAUCUACCGAUUGGAAAAUUCUGGGUAGCAAUGAAAAAGGACGUCCAAUGGAGAUGGCUGGAUGGUAGUAUGAUUUCCUCCUCUCAGCUGUCAACAUGGACAAUCUCUGGAGAUUCCGUUCAGAAAUCAAAAGGAAAUUGUGUGGCUAUCCAUAUCUCGUCACGUAAUCUGGCGAAAUUUACAACUGUUACAUGUGAUGCGAAAUUAGGUUUCGUUUGCCAGUACGGGAAUUUCAAGGAAGAGUCCUUCUUCUCCACUUCAAUUGAUCUGAAUGUCAUCGUAAAUAGUACAAACACACAAAACAACACCACAUUACAGCAACCAAAGAGAGACAGGUUACUUCUAACAAUUUUGUAUCUUGGGGUCGGCGUAGUGUCCGGGAUGGCGUUUGUGUUUGCUAUCGGCGUUUUCAUUUGCAUGGCAAGGCGCUGUUGUGGAAGUACGAGCUCAGACUUUAAGCCUCUGAAAUCUUAUAAACAAAAACCGGAGAUUGUCCAUUGCAAAGCACUUGGAGAAUGGCGAAGGGAUGUCGAGGUACACCACAGUCCGAGAAGAGAAUACCAUCAGGAUGAUGAAAUAUUGGGAGAAUGGCAAAGAGAAGGAGAAACAUUGGGAGACUGGCAUAGGACAGAGGAGAAAGAAGUGGGGGGCUGGCGGAGAGGCGGUGACGUCGUGUAUGACGUACCUUCAGAAAAUCGAAACGAAAAUGUGUUCAGACAAAACCAGCGAAUCAUCAAACAGGGUUCUUGGCAAGGUGGGAAAGAGGUACACGUAACACGAAAGAAUCAGACUGGUUCCUGGCGAGAAGGUCGAAUGAAAGAACGACCUGUGAUGGGCUGUGAAAUCCUAAACACGUAUCCCAGCCAGGAACGGGACUAUCGAGACACUAGUUAUACCAUUCAUAAGGCCCAGGCCGAGUCCCACAGACGCCCGAGGGAAAAUGGUAGCAUUACUAUAGACCCAAAUUAUAUGGAGAGCGAUCUAGACAUGCGUUUGCGCCAACCGAUGCCACCGCCCGGAAAUGACGUCUUUUUGGCUGACACAUACAGUUUUCCUUUAAGAAACAGACAAUCUUCAGGUGAAAUUCACAUGGACCCUGUCGAGUUGUACGCUACUGUACAUCGUGCUGUGUAUCAAGAUGCGGAUAACGAAGACCAAAUGGUCUCAAUAGUGUAAAGGAACUUGUAAAUUCAUUAUGAUCAUAUCUGACUGAUUUCUGUUUGAUUCAAUACUUAUUUUUCCUAACUGUGUUGAAUUAAAUGAGUUGCAUACAAA